AUCCAUCAAAACUGACAUGAAAUAAAUGGCACUAUCCAUGUCCACCUAUUGAUCUUCCUGAUAUAGUUGAGAGCUAGUUAAUGAAAAGGCUGUUGUCUAUUGGAUUAGUUGCAAGUGUUGGACUCAUUCAGUUGGAACCCAGGCUUGAAUGAAUGAGCAAAUGUGCUUCCAACCAAUGCAACACUUUGAAAUUAGCCUGCCCAAACACAUGAUGAUUGGUCAAUAAACUUGAGCCUGCUUUUCAUCAUUAAUUAUUGACAUGUAACAGCAAUAACGCAGACUUUUACCCUGUGAUUAGUCUUGUGUAAUCUGGUAAAACUGCACAAUAUACAUAAACUAUUUCAGUGAAUUCCUUAAUGAAUCACCUUGUAUGUAUUGGAGUAAAUAAUGCAAUGUUGGCUGCACUUUCACCCUGCCCCACACUUUUACUAUCAGAUUUAUUAAGAACGGGUAAUGGGUCGCUCCCCCAGCUGGAGCAGGUGUAUAGCUUUGAAUAAAACUGCUACAAGGAUCAAAUGCUAAGAUUCUUUAUACUGGCCAUGAUUGCCUCUGUAUACAGUACUGUGCAAAAGUCAGAGGUCAACCUUUAUUUAUUUAAUUUCCUGAGAAAUCGGGCAUUAACGUCAGUCUCUCGCAUUCAUUAGAACCCUUAGUUAGCGCAAUGGAGAAAUGAGAAAUACUAGGCAUUUGCUGCAGGUUAGUUAAGUUGGUUGUGGUCAGAUGGUCAGAUUCUACCUGAAUCAGUUCACAUGGUCUGGGCAGUAUGAGGAUUGUGUAGAGGCUCCAUUCCUAAUGUUAGCAGGUUAAUGAUUAGCCCUACUUGCCUCAGGUCAGAGUGGACAGAAGGGAUGCAGGAUUAGCGAAGUCCAACGUCAGAUUAUUAUUCCUGUCUCCUAAAGCUUGUGCUAGGUCUUUCCUUCCUGUGCGGGGCUGUGUCAUUCUCUCAUGAAGAAUCCUGACCGCUCACAGGCCAAAAUCAUUCUCACUUGCUCGGUUGUUUGUUUCUCAUCUUGUCGGCACUGAAACUGAUCCUUUUCAUUCAAGCGGAUUAGCCCUGGACAGAUUAGCUCAGUAACCUCUCUUGAGGCCGAAAAGAAAAUUCUAAAGAGAGCAGACGGCGUCUCCGAGCCAUCUGUCCACGGACUGAACGUCUGCCAGAAGGGACUUGGACAGGCACAGUCAAGGAGGUAGUGGACUGAAAUGAUCGGAGUGGAUGUUUAUCUGUACCCAGAUGGUUUGAGGGUGGCUACGCCAGAGGAUGUGGAAAGGUGGGAGCAAGAAAGGGAGAUGUGUGACCCAAACGUGCGCCUCUUUGUAGCCCUUUUCUCAUACAACCCUACAGUGAUGUCUCCAAACCCUGAGACAAUGGAGGAGGAGCUAUCUUUUGAACGAGGACAGGUUAUUAAGGUUUAUGGUGAUAAAGAUGCUGAUGGCUUCUAUCAAGGGGAAUUGGCUGGUCGCUUUGGUUUUGUGCCAAGUAACAUGGUGUCUGAGAUUCCAAUACAGGAUGGAGAGCUCAAACUUCGCCUGUUUGAACAGGGCUUUCUGCCAGAGGAGUCCUCAGGAAACUCUAUAGCACCUAGUGAGUCAUCCAGUGUGACUGAUGAUGUGGCAGUCCACAGGAUGGUGGCUAUUUUCGAUUAUGACCCCUGGGAGAGUUCCCCCAAUAUGGAUAUCGAGGAUGAGCUUCCUUUCCGAGCUGGAGAUAUAAUCUAUGUUUUUGGAGAUGUGGACAGUGAUGGGUUUUAUUAUGGAGAUCUACAUGGCUACCGUGGUCUUGUGCCAUCAAAUUUUCUUCAACCGCUGCCUUGGGACUAGGGAAAACGAGACAUCAUAUAGCGGUAUGAAAGAUGUGACCUGGCAUCGAGUGAUCACUCUGGCCCCACUGUCCAAGUUUAUUCACCAUAUUAAGUGUCUUUUCUACAGAAAUGAAAUACGUAAAAUAAUUGUGUGGCACUCAAUAACCGACUAUAAGAAGCUGUUAGUUUCGCUAAGUGCUACAGGAGCCCUUCACGCAGCUAGUUUUACGGCCUUAAUUAUACAUGCCAGUCUUCACCUGUAAGCUUGAUUUAUACUGAGUAUUUUUACAAUACAGCUGUCUUUGUUUUUGUAUUGCUUAAGAAUAUGUUUUUAUAGUCCCUCUAUUUAUGUUGUUAAUAUUGCAUUCAUAAUGGUUAUAAUAAAAAUAAACAGACCACUUUA